AGGGGCAAGGGAGGGGUACGGGGGAGACACGUCUGGCUGUCGGUCGGUGGUCAGAUAAGAAUGCACAUAUGGGGGCAGACCUCGUGGUACUGUGUAAUGAGUUGGAUUCGAAAUAAAUUCUGCCAAAGGUGGAGCAAAACAAAAAGGUAGAAACAUGCUGCUCUGCAAGAGAUGUCGCGUAAAGUAGUUAGGGCUAUUCAAAAAGUGAUAUAUAUAAAAAGUUAAAUAUUGCUGGUAAAAUACUAUUGACAUAUUCGGUGCCUGCUCGCAAGUGAACGUGCAUGUUGCCCAACUUUUGAAACCUUUCUUCGGAGUUUAUGGUUUCCAGCGGAGAUACAGUUUGACCUACUGAUGCAUGACACCCAGAGACCCACACAUUUGGCGUAAUUUCGAGGUAGCGGUAACGUGAAUUCGGAGCUGCUGACUGCGCUGCUGAUUCUGCGCCGAAGCUUCGCUUCGCUUCGAACUGAACCGAUACGAACCAAGCCGAGCCGAGCCGAGCCGAUUCGAAGUGAAACACGAAGCUGCAGCCGAAGCUGUAGCCGAAGCCGUAGCCGAAGCCAUAGGCUGCAGGUGCUCGAGCGUGUGUGUGUGUGAGGUGAGGCGGUGGCAUAAUCUUGGCCUUCUUGGCCAUUUCGUCUCUCCAUUUCUUUUCUUUUGCCCACCUUUGUGCGUCGGAUCGGAAACUCCACUCCACUCCGCUCCCCUCCCCUCCACUCCGCCUCACUCCGCUGCCGUCAGUCAGUCGGUCAAUCAGUCAACUUUGGCUCAGUCGCGUCGCUGCCCAGUUGAGCUGCUCCCAGCAGCGGCAUAGGUAGGAACUUACACAUUUGGCUACGAUCAUUUGUCUACGGAACGGCGCCGCGUUAAGUUCGUUAGACGCGAAACGAAAAGGAAGUCUUGGGACGCCGACAAAAGUAAAAACUAAACCCUAAGCGAACCGCGUUCCGUUCGCAGUGUGUGCACUGUGUGUUUCUUUGGACGUUAGCCAACUCCAACUCCACCUCCUGCUCGUACUUUUGGGCCAAGUACUGCGGCAAUUAGGCCCCGAGUGUUUGAGUGUUAAGCUGUGAAGAAAGUUCGGCGAGUGUGCGCCAGUUUGCCAGUUCGGCAGUGCGGCAGUUACGAAACGCGGUUUCCGCCGGCGAACCCAAAAAGAAACCCGGGUUCCAGCCAUAUACAUAUAUAUCUAGAGAAUUACACACACACAUAGAUCUGUGUGAGGGCGAAAAAUGGGUCACCUGUCCACGUCGGAGCGAGUGUGCAGCAAGACGCCGGCCAUCGCGGGGGACUCCAGUCCGCCGCUCCUGGCCAGGCGGUCGAAGCUCCCCAAUGGUGAUGCCCAGCAACAGGUGCGCCGUGGAGAGGACUCCUCGCCCGAACUGCCGCCCCGUGCCAAGCUCCAGCUGCCGCCGAAGCGGGAGGAGCUGCCCAGGUCGGUGGUGCCCAAGGAGAUCGCCAAGCACGUGCCCAAGGAUGCCAUCAAUCUCGAGGAGUACACCCGCACCUUCGUCGGCGAUCGCGUGCUGGGUUGGCAGUUCCAGGCUCCGCUCAAGUGGGACAAAGUCAUUCAGAUCUCGCUCCUGCACAUCGUGGCCUUCAUCUGCCUGCUGACCUAUCCGCUGCGCGAGCUCAACCCGUACACCACCGUCUGGUCCUUCUUCGUUGGCGGCGUGGCCGGAUUCGGAGUUACGGCCGGAGCGCACAGGUUCUGGACCCACAAGAGCUACAAGGCCAACACCGUGCUGCGAUCCAUUCUGAUGGUCUGCUACUGUGUGGCUGGACAGAACACGCUGUAUGAUUGGGUUCGCGACCAUCGAGUUCAUCACAAAUACUCGGAGACGGAUGCGGAUCCCCACAAUGCCAACCGGGGCUUCUUCUUCUCGCACGUGGGAUGGCUGAUGAUGCUGAAGCAUCCGGAGGUACUGCGUCGUGGUCGCCAGAUCGACAUGAGCGACAUUCUGGCCGAUCCCGUGGUGCGCUUCCACCAGAAGUACUUCAUCCCCCUGAAGACCUUCUUCUGCUUCAUCUUGCCCACCGUCAUACCAGUCUACUGCUGGGGCGAGACCUGGACCCUGGCCUUCAUCCAGCAGUGCCUCUUCCGCUACGUGAGCAGCCUCAACUUCACCUGGUCCGUCAACAGUGCCGCCCACCUGUGGGGAUCCCGCCCCUACGACAAGCGGAUCAUGCCCAGCGAGAACAUCUACGUGUCCCUGCUGGCCAUGGGCGAGGGAUGGCACAACUACCACCACGUCUUCCCCUGGGACUACAAAGCAGCUGAGCUGGGCAACUACACCGUCAACUUCACCACCAUGGUGCUGGAUGCGUUCCACAAGCUGGGCUGGGCCUGGAACAUGAAGCAGCCGUCCAAGGAGCUGGUGCGUCGCACCCUCGAGAAGUACGGCGAUGGCACCCACGCCUCCCAGAUGGGCGGACCCGAGGAGUUCAAGGACGGCGUGGUGGCCGGUGCCACCAUGGUGGGUCAUGUGCACUACGCCGAGGUGCCGGAUCCCGAGCUGGAGUACGAUGCCGAGUCGAGCAGCACGGAGAGCGCCAAGUUGGAUGAGAACGAGAACGAGGGCGAGCGGAUGAAGAAGUCGAAGAAGGCGGCCAACUAGGGACCUCGAGGAUCGGGAUACUGGCGUCCGGGCAUCCAGGUCGAGAUCGAGAUGGGCUCGCGGAUCACCGAUGGGAGGAAGGAUCGUCACUUAAUCUUGCGUCUGUCUAUGCGAGGGCGGGACAUAGUCGAUAAUCGUUUUUUAAAUUAAACCCUAUUCUAUUCUAUCAUUAUCCAAACCAACACACCUGCACCGCAAUGGUUAACACUCACACAAAAACACCCAGCAACCAACAACUAACACUCAAACACCCAAAACACCCAAACAUCCAAACACCCACAUCCACUCAUUUUCGUAUCUUCAUUUGUGUAGGUUUAGGUAUUUAGCACGGUACGACAUAAGUUAUAAGUCACACACAAAUUUACGUAUAGACGACAACAACAAAACUUGCUCUCCGUCCGAGACAAAUAAAAAGAAAAUAAAUA